GCGGCUGCUCGGGGGCGCGCUCCUCCUCCGGACCCUCCUCUCUUCCCCGACGAGGCUGGGGCUUGGUGUGUUUCCCCGAAGUGGGCUGCGAAAGAAGGCAAGGGAAACUCUCGCCCUCUCCUGCUCUCUGGGGCGCCUCCAUGGAGCCCCCAGACCCAGCCCUGGCACUGGGGGGCUUUGCUCCGGCCUGGGGGUCCCUUUUGGGGGAGACGCCCCCCUAAAAAGAGACACCGGGAGCCCGACAUGGAACGGGCCAAGAUGCCACCGCUGCUCUUCCUUUUCCGGCUCUGCCUCUCGGCCACUCUCUGGGCCUUCUUGGGCUGGGCUCCGCUGAGGUCGGGCCAAGCCUGCCCGGCGCCCUGUGCCUGUGUGGACAAAUACGCCCAGCAGUUUGCCGACUGCGCCUACAAGGAGCUGGCCACGGUGCCGCGGGGCCUGCCCUCCAACGUGACCACGCUGAGCCUGUCGGCCAACAAGAUCACUCUCCUGGGGAGGGGCUCCUUCGAGGGGGUGACAGGGGUGACCUCGCUGUGGCUGGCCCACAACCGGAUCGCCACCGUGGAGGAAGGCACGCUGGCCAUCCUGGGACAGCUGAAGAACCUGGACAUGAGCCACAACCAGAUCGUGGACUUCCCUUGGGAGGACCUGCGCAACCUCAGCGCCCUGCAGCUCCUCAAGAUGAACAACAACCGCAUGGCCUAUCUUCCCGGAGGCGCCUUCCGCACCCUGCGCGACCUCCGCUCUCUCCGCAUCAACAACAACCACUUUGCCACCUUGGCGGAGGGCACCUUCGAGCCCCUCACCUCUCUGUCCCACCUCCAGAUCUACAACAACCCCUUCAACUGCACCUGCCAGCUCAUGUGGCUGAAAAACUGGACCGAGAGCACUCUGAUCUCCAUCCCUGAGCGGGAGGCCAUUGCCUGUGUGGCGCCCGAGGCCUGGAAGGGCCUGCCGUUGGCCAAGAUCCCCGCCAUACCGUGCUCCGCCCCGACCGUGGCCUUGACCUACCACCCCAACCUGGAGCGCACCUCGCUGGCCUACGGCUUGACCUUGGCUUUGCAUUGCCAGGCCUCGGGGUCCCCUCCGCCGGAGCUCCUCUGGCACAUCCAGACCUCCUCGGGCCAAACCUUGGAGCUGCCCAAUCGGAACAAGAGCGAGCAGAGUAACCGGCUGCCCUCCGAAGAAGGCAAGCCGGAGCCUUUCCGGACCUUUAGCAACGGCACUUUGGUGAUCACGCACCUGAGCAAGAAAGAAGAAGGCACCUACACCUGCCUGGCCAGCAACGAGAUGGGAAGCAACCGCAGCUCGGUCCACGUGGCCCUGGCGGACGCCCCCAAGGACCCCGAUGCCCCUGGGAUCCAAACUUCAAUUGGAGAGGGCAAAGCUGAGGGCAAGGUCUCCAAGAACAACGUCAUGAAGCCAGACGAGAGGAGCAAAACGCCCACGCUCUCCAGGCCCACCCCGUCCCGGAACUACCACGCCUCGCCAAACAGCAGUGACGGGGCGCGUGCAGAGUUCCCCGACUCGCCUUCCCAGCCGCCGGAUUUUGAGAAGCGCUGCGGGCCCAGCCCGGGACCACGCUACGUCUCCAACCACGCUGCCUUCAACCAGAGUGCGGCCGCGCUCAAGCCGCACAGCUUCGACUUGGGAGUCAUUGCCCUGGAUGUGUCCGAGCGGGAGGCCAAGGUCCAGCUCACACCCUUCUUCCCGUCCUCGUCCUCCUCCAAGCCGGAGAAAGCGCACCUGAGGUGGCUCUACCUGUGUGAGGAGAAGCCUCCAGGCAGCCGUCCGUCCUUGGUCCAGUGGUCCCAGAUCCAGGAGGGCAUCAACACCUACUGGUUCCAAGCCCUACGGCCUGGCACCAACUACUCCGUCUGCCUGAGUUACGCCGGAGAGGACUGCCCGGUCCAGGUGGUCUUCACCACCAAGCAAGAGGUCCCCUCGCUCCUCAUCAUCGUGGUGGUCAGCAUCUUCCUCCUGGGAGUGGCCACCGUACCCUUGCUGGGGGCCACCUGCUGCCACCUGCUCUCCACCUACCAAGGCAAGACCUACAAGCUCAUCUUGAGGGCACGCAACCCGGACCAGAUGGAGAAGCACAUGGCUGCCGAUUUCGACCCCCGGGCCUCCUACCUGGGUUCGGAGAAGAAUGAAGACCCCAGUGAGGUUGGGGAAGGGGUUGGGGAGGAGGAAGAGGAAGAGGAGGAAGGAAACGGAGCGGGAAGAGGGGAGAUGGGCAGGGCGGCCACCAGCCAAGGGCAACUGGCUCGGGAUGAGAGCAUGGCGGCUAGCUCCCUGGCCGACUCCCAGUCCAAAACCAACCCGGAGGAGUUCGAAGUGGGCUCCGAAUACAGCGACAGGUUGCCCUUGGGAGCCGAGGCCGUCACCAUCGCGCAGGAAAUCAAUGGCAACUACAAGCAGCCGCCACGUUGAGUUUUCCACUUGGUUGAGGACCUGCCACCGGAGCUUGGAGGUGGGAAGAGGCUUGGCCACGGAUUGACGGACACAGCGGCCACUGGGCUUGGCUUGGCUCAUCGCCAGCUGACCAGGCAGCCUUGACCACGGGGUUGCUGCCGCCUGUGAACGGAGGAGCGAAACAAAGCACCGAUGCCGUUUGGACCCUCUCCGGUAUAAGUUGGCUUUUCAAAAAAGGUUUCUCCCCUUAAAUUUGGACAAAAGAAGGAUCCGUGUUUGUGUCGUUGUAGCGUCAAGAAUUUCUCCCCUUCCCUCCAGGAAAAAAAAAUGUAUACACUCUUCAACAGCUGUGGUGAUUAUUUGAAGGCUAGGUAAAUACAUUUAUACUUUUGUGUUAUAAUGGCUUCACCAGAGUUACGAAUCCCACCUUAAAUUAUAAGGCCCAAUAUUAUAUGCACUUUUACUCAACUGUGGCAAUUAUCCAAAGGCCACGGAAAUCAAUUUCCACUGAAUAAUACAUAUUGCAUAUAAUGAAUGAAUGGUUUAAUGUACUAGCCAUAGGCCGUGGCAUCAAAUGAAAGUACAAUAAGCACUUUCCAAUUGAAACAUUAAAACUUAUUCCAUAUACAGUAGAGUCUCACUUAUCCAAGUUAAACGGGCCAGCAGAAGCUUGGAUAAGCGAAUAUGUUGGAUAAUAAGGAGGGAUUAAGGAAAAGCCUAUUAAACAUCAAAUUAGGUUAUGAUUUUACAAAUUAAGCACCAAAACAUCAUGUUUUACAACAAAUUUGACAGAAAAAGCAGUUCAAUAUGCAGUAAUGUUAUGUUGUACUUACUGUAUUUACGAAUUUAGCACCAAAAUAACACGAUAUAUUGAAAACAUUGACUACAAAAAUGGCUUGGAUAAUCCAGAGGCUUGGAUAAGUGAGGCUUGGAUAAGUGAGACUCUACUGUGCUGGCUUUUUAAAAUUACAGUAGCAAUGACACGAUAACAAUAACAAUGUCUGAUUUGUAUCAUCCCAAACUAUCUCCCAUUUCUAUUUCAUAGAAUCGUAGAGUUGGAAGAGACCUCACGGGCCAUCUAGUCCAACCCAUUCAAAGCACCCCUGACAGAUGGCCAUCCAGCCUCUGCUUGAUUUCUGUGGACUUGACUAAUCUAGCUCGGAUUUUAUUGGAUUGUGACUGCAAAUGUGGCAAAAUUUAAUAUUAUAUUUUUGGAACAAUCCACUAACAAGUCAUAGAUAACUGCUGACUGUUGCCAUGCUGCCCAUUCUUCCGAAAAGGCUCCCAAAAGAUUAUUUCUGGGGUCAUUAUACAGAAGGCAAUGUAACAGAUAGUGUAUUAAAUCCUAUAUUUCCCCUGAAUCGUUGGGCACGAGGGAUCCCUCUAUAUCUUCCUUCUAGCCGGUCUGAUGGCAUUGUUUGGAAGCGCAGCGCUGUAAAUGCUUUUCUAAGGGCUACAGACCUUACGAUUAAUGAUUUCAACAUAGUGGUGACUCCCAUCUUAAAUUAGGCAAGGUUUUACAAAGGACAAGGAAUAUGCUUACAAUCUAAUGGUGAAACAUUGCACAUUAACUUUAGCAAGGUUUUAAAUGAUAUGAUACUGCCCAGAGUUGUUGCAAACUUACAAAUUUUGGAGUUGCAAACUCCAAAUUUUGGAGGGGAACAAUGACAAGAUAAUAAGCUGUGAAGGGUGUAUACAUGUUUGGGGGGACACUUUGUAUAUUCGGAUAAACACUCCAGGAAGGAAAAGGUUUCUCCGCUUCCUUUGCAAGUUCUCUGAAUUGGGGUAAGACAUUGGGUUGGCUUAUUUUUUUAAUAAAUAAGCUUUGUGUUCCUCUCCAAAGCCUUGGGAGGCAUUGGGUUUGGAUCCCAGGGCGGGUUGGGAUUGAAUUUCCAGAAGGGUCCAGUUUGGAGAGCUCCUCGUAUCUUCCUCUCCAUAGUGUUUUCCUUGGAAAAUCCGGCUGUCUUUCCCAUCUCCAAACGAAUUAGGGGAGGAGGUUGUUAUGUGUCUUUGUAUAAAGGGGUGGGAGGGGGGGCUUUGUCGUGAGGAGGGGGCUUGAAGCCAGAUCAAGGAGGACCCCCCUCCCGACCGGCGUCCUGUAUUAUCCAGUGUCAAUAAUCGAUGGGUUCCUGGUGUUGUGUCAUGUACAGUGUGUGGCUCUGGAGCCUCUCUGUGGGGUGCGUUCCGUGGAGUAACAGGAGGAGGGUCCAGCUUCUUUUGGGUCUUUAUCCUGAUCCCUUUUUUCCCCAAACCCUUUUGCCUCACUCGCUCCUUCAUUCCUUCCUUCCUUGUCCAGUAGUUUGUGGAUAGACAAUGUUCUUUGCCCUUGGUGUGGAUUUGUGGUGUUCAUAAAGCAGCAGAGAAAACAAUAACACAAGCAAUUUUUAAUCAGAUAUAAUUUUAGGUCAUUCUUAUAGAGUUUUUUUAUUUUGCACUGGAUUCAGAUCUGUGUUUAUUUUUUCUCUCUAUCACGUGCAGUUUUUGCAAUGAGGCGAAUCGAAUAAUUAUUGCAUUUACGUACUGAUCUCAAUUAGAUUCUAUUAAUGCGUAAAGGCAUUAAUUAUUCAAUUAGCCUCAUUGCAAAAACUAGGAAACCCUGGUGAUGCAAUGAGUUAAACUCUUGUGCCAGCCAAAGGGUCAGCGGUUUGAAUCCGGGUAGCAGGGUGAGCUCCCGUCUGUCAGCUCCAGCUUCUCAUGCAGGGACAUGAGAGAAGCCUCCUACAGGAUAAUGGGAGGUCCUUGCAGAUGGCCAAUUAUCUCACACCAGAAGUGAUUUGCCAUUUCCUGAGUCGCUCCUGACACAGAUUUUUUUUUUUGCAAAAAUUAUACUUGAUGGAAAAACCAAUACAGACAGAUCUGAAUUCAGUGCCAAAAAUACUCUACAAGAAUGACCUAAAAUUAUAUGUGAGGGAAUAUACUUGUUGGCUUGUGGUUAAUUAGAUUCUCUCACACCAGAAGCGAUUUGCAGUUUCCUGAGUCACUCCUGAUACGGAAAAAAAAUUGCAAAAAUUAUACUUGAUGGAAAAACAAAUACAGACAGAUCUGAAUUCAGUGCCAAAAAGAUACUCUAUAAGAAUGACCUAAAAUUUCAUCUGAGGAAAAAAUACUUGUUGGCUUGUGGUUAAUUAGAUUCUCUUACUAUCAGUGUGUAAAUGCAUAAAAAUUAUUCGAUUAAGCUCAUCCUGAAAACUACACAUGAUAGAAAAACAGAUCUGAAUUCAGUGCCAAAAAAUACUCUAUAAGAAUGACCUAAAAUUAUUUGUGAUGAAGAAUACUUAUUGGCUUGGGGUUAAUUAGAUUCUAUUGCUAUCAGUAUGUAAAUACAUAAGAAUUAUUCAAUUGGCCUCAUCCCAAAAACUAAACACAGAACUGAAAUCAAUGCAAAAAAAAAAAAAAAAGCUUUAUGAGAAUGACUGAAAAUGAUAUCUGAUAAUAAAAUUUUGUUGGCUUGUGUUUACACAAAUAUGAUGCGAAAUGUGCAGAGUUGACAAUAGUCCGCUGUCAUGUACCAUUUGCCAUAUUUAAAAAAAGUUGUCGUGAUGGGAAAAAAUAAAUAAAGGCAUAUUUGAAAUCAGCAUAAAAAUCGAUUUGAACUGUGCCGGUCUCAUUUCCGAUUACUACAAAAAGAUUAUUGUGUAAUAAUAAUAAUAAUAAUAAUAAUAAUAAUAAUAAUAAUAAUAAUCAUAAAUCUCAGUGGUUUUUUUUUGGUGUGGAGGGUGGGAAGGGUGGAAAGGUGGUGUUUGCAAAUGGGGAUCUUUGGGAUUCUCCUUUUUUUUUUUGUUAGAUGGAGAGAGAGAAAAAACAUGGACACAAACAAGGCAGUUGCGCCAUUUCCUCCAAUGUGAGAUACAAGGAAAUAAAACCAGAAGCAGUGGUUGUUGGGUCGCUUUUUUUUGACUGUCAAAUAAAACAAGGACUCUGUUUCUGUGGAUCAGUGGAGACGAAAUUAUAUUGGUGAUUAUAUUAAAAACCGACGGGAAAAGGCGA